AUGCCCACUCGCCCACGAUGCCCUGACUCCCCAGGCGGGCGCGGUGCAAAUUUGAACACGUUUGCGUUGCUGCAGCGGGUCUGCCGCACGCUCCGUACCAUUACCGGUGACAACGCGGCUGCUAGUACUGCUGGGCUUGCCAGGUCGAGGUCGGCCUCUCUUUGGCAAGCCGUCCGAGGUCAGGACGCCCGGAGUAAGCAACAAGCAAGAGUCGAUGCAGAAGAUUUCGAGAAACUCAAGCAGGAGAGAAUGAUUCUCGUUGUCUGUCUUGAGCACCGUCGCUCAUCCGUUCGCAAGAACGCCGUAUUCGCCGUGUACAUUAUCUACCACGAAUACGAAUACCUCAUCCCAGAUGCUCCUGAGCUUAUGCAAACUUUCAUCGCUGCAGAGUCUGACGCGACGUGCAAGCGUAACGCAUUCGUGUUUCUCGCUCGCUCUGCGAUACCGAAGGCUGUCGAGUGGGUGUACGAUCAGCUGACAAGUCCGAUAGACGAGCUCUUGCAUAUGAGCAUCAUAGAAGUUACCAGGCUGUAUUGUAAGAAUGAUACGACCCAUCGACAUGACGCUGCUACCACACUCACCGCACUCACGCAGAACCCGGCUGCUGUGAAAGUCCUCAAUAGCCGCAUCGUGGCCCUGGAGUCCAGGCAACUUCUCAUCCAGUCGAUCCACGUAUUAGCGGUUAAGUUUUCUGAGGUGGCUGCAAGCGUCGUCCAUGCACUCAUGGAAUUCCUCGGGGACUCGAACAACCCCUCUGCGCUGGACAACUCUCCCUUUGUCUGCGAAGUGGUCGAGAAGUUACCGCAUCUCCGGCAAAGCUUCUCCAGUGCAAAAUUUAUUUUCUCUCUCUCUCCAAUUAACGCUCCCUCUACGCUGAAGAAUACACAUAUCAGCAUGGAAGUUCAUUUCCGCGAGAUUAUAGACCUCCCUGGAGCCGACACACACAGUGCCGUCCCUAACUCCUCGCUCAUUGUCGCAUGCACAGCGACCAAAUUCAAUACCUCUCGGCACACCCUUAACUCACGACCGGUUUCGUACACCGAGGUCCAGACGGUUCUCCAGGGGCGUGGAAUCGACCUCACGCACAAGUGUCUCAUUAUCCUGCAGGGUGAAGUCAAGUCUAUCGCGCAGAUGAAGCCUGAAGGCACUUCUGAGCACCACGACGGACUACUCGAGUGCCUAGAGGAUAUCAUCGGUACUGCUGUGCUCAAAGCACCGAUGUCUGCUUUUGUCGAAGUGGUUCGGCUGGGAGAGAAGAGAGCCGAGAAUGCAGCCAGGUCGAGGAUCAUCGAGGAGGAUAAGGAGAAGGCGAAGUUGGAUGCAGAGAGCAAGGAGGUGCUGGCAUGGCUGGAGCUUGAGAACGAGCAUGUGAGGGCUCUCAGCCGGCUGUGGAAGUAUUAUCUGUGGGGGGUUUUGGAGAAUGACGAGCAAUUUGCAGCGCAGGUUGGCAGAAACAUGUGGAGAAGGAGCUUGAAGACGAGAGGGAGGAUGAUAUCACGCAUGUGUGAACUGCUCGAGAAGCACUACAAGGAGUGCGAGACGACUUACGAGGAUGUGAAAGCAGCAGCUGAGGAAGUAGCGAAGGAUAAUGCGGCGCGCGAAAACCAUCCCAAGAUCAAGACGAAGAAGCACGAAAUUGCGAAGCACGAGAUGAACUUGGAGAAGGAAGAGAAGGUGUUCGAAGGGAUGCUUGAAGGAGACCGUGGUCCAAGGACCGUGCUAGUCGUCACCAGCAUCCUUCAGACGUAUCCCCUUGUGAACUUCCACAGUCCCCAGGGAUCUCAAAACCAUCGCACCCCGGAGGGGUUGCUCUCUGCAAUCUCGUCCCUUGGAUGGGCAGGUGUCUCCCCGAAUGCUCCAGGCAUCGGGGGAUAUGCGCCAUCAGCACGUCGCUGUACGAGCGCGCGAGCUUUCCGGCGGAGGUCGCAGGAGACCCAACACGAGGUGGCAAGUCUCCCGGGGCAGAGGCUAACGAUGAAAGUAUCGUUGCUUCGCCCGGUAAUAGUCUGGCGUCCACGCGUAGGACGCAACGGGUACCGAGGGAUGCGAGAGAUGGUGGUGGUCUUCAAGGUGGUAGUCUUUGAAGGCAUGUCGAAUGUUGUUGGUUGCCUAGAUUGGGAACGACUGGUGGAUCGGACCGGAGUUCUUGGUCUAGGGCAAGAAUAG